UUCAAGUCGACAACAACACCCCGGAAAAUUGAUUUUUCGCUCAAGCCAAAAGCAACAAUUACAGCAGUGUAACAAUUAGAAUUUCUCGGAAAAUACGAGCACAACGACUAUUUCAGACAAAGAAAAUCAACCAUGUCGGCUUCGCAGGUUGACCAGAAACGCGCUCUCAACAAGUUGAAGCACGACCUAGAGCCCUUCCGCACGGCCAUUGUUGGGGCCUAUGGGGUGCUCACCUGGGAAAAGCAGUACUACGCCGGGGUGGUCUUCGGCAGCAUCAGUGUCCUGUACUUGACACUCUGGUAUUUGGACCUAUCGCUGAUCACCCUGGUCUCACUGCUGGGCCUGAUGACCAUCCUCAUGGACUACGUGUUCCCCACCGUGUCACGCCUCGUGUUCGGCAACAUCAACUGGGAUGGCGACCAAGAGGCCAAGUUCGAAGACGUUUGCAGCCAGGUGUGCUCGAUUAAGGCAAACUUGGCGGUCUGGUACGAUUACCUCUUCAAGGAGCGCAAGUCCACGGUGUUCGUGAUUAUCAUCAGCAUUGGACUUCUAGGUCUCGCCUGGAUUGGCGCCAUCAUUAAUAACUUGCUGCUGAUGUACUUGGCCACCCUGCUCAUUGCCAUGUGGCCGGGGCUGCAGGACAAGGACGUGUUUAAGGCCAUCAUUCAGAAGGCAUCGAAGAUCAUCAACGAGAAGAUCCAGUGCGGCAAGCGGAAGUUGCAGUAGAGGGGAGGAGAGCAUGCCUCCAAGUAAAAAAUCACCAACACUCAUCACAUUUGACCAAAUAUCUAAACAGCCUAAGUCAUAUACUUGCCAUGAUGCACCCAUCGCAUACACAUCACUAAAUAAACUCUUGAGCAUUGCAUUUCAACUAUAUCAUAAAGAAUAAGUGCUGUAGCAUAUAGACAGUAUUCCCCAUUGGUUAGCAACAUACCAAUCCCCGCGUGGGCCUCGCCUCAUCACAUCCCCUACUAUAAGUUUGUAACAUGUAAAGCGAAGGAAUCUCAAUGCAAUGGGCGAACGGAGAGAGAAAAGGAAAGCGCAAAAAAAGACAUCUUUGUGAUUAUUUUGUGAGUUAAUUGAAAUAUAUGAUAAUCCCGUAAGAUACAA